AUGUUGUCUACUAAUGGCAACAACAUAACCCUUUUAGGUCGUCUAUGGUGUUGGCUUCAUGACUUGGUGAAGAAGUUAAUAGCGAAAGUCGUUGAGAUUGCAACAAUGCCAAAAUUAUUAGCUAUGGAUGACCCUAGAAGGGUUAUUCAUUCCAUGAAAGUGGGAUUAGCACUAACCUUGGUGUCUUUCUUCUACUAUCUACACCCUCUUUAUGAUAGCUUUGGCGAUUCUGCUGCCUGGGCUAUUAUUACCGUGGUUGUUGUCUUUGAAUUUACUGUUGGUGCAACUUUAGGGAAGGGAUUACAGAGAGUAUUGGCAACAUUAACAGCAGCUGGAUUAGGAGUCGGAACACAUCACUUGGCUUGUCUUUGUGGCAAGAGUGGUGAAGCCGCGCUUAUUGCUUUAUUUGUCUUCAUAUUUGCUGCAGCUUCAACAUUUAUACGAUUUUUCCCAAAAAUUAAAGCGAGAUAUGAUUAUGGGUUCUUAAUUUUCAUAUUAACGUAUAGCUUUAUAACCAUAUCGGAGUAUCGAGGAGUGACAAAGAUCAUAGAAAUAGCACACAAGAGAUUGUCAACUAUUGUUAUCGGGGGAUCAGUUAGUUUGGUAAUAAAUUUAACCAUUUAUCCUGUUUGGGCUGGUGAAGAGCUUCAUAACUCAAUUGUCCUUAACAUGGAAAAACUUGCGCACUUCUUAGAAGGAUUAGGAACUGUUUAUUUGAAAGUAAAAGAAGGUGAAGGUAAUUCCAAGGAUGAGAGUAAAUCUUCUUUUCAAGGCUAUAAAAAUGUUCUAAAUUCCAAAAGUUCGGAGGAAAGCUUGGCAAAUUUCGCUAGAUGGGAACCACGACAUGGGCAUUUUAAAUACCGACAUCCAUGGAAUCAGUAUAUUAAAUUAGGAGGCCUCUCGAGGCAAUGUGCCUACAGGAUUGAUGCUCUUAAUGCCUACUUAAGUUAUGAUAUUAAGAUACCACACAAGUUCCAAGAAGAAAUUAGAGAUGCAUGCACCAAGAUGAGCUUGGAAUCAAGUAAAACAUUGAAAGAGCUAGGAUCAUGCCUUAGAACAAUGGCAUAUCCUUCUUCUUCAGCUAAUGCUCACAUUUCGAACUCGAAAGCAGCUGUGGAAAGCCUUAAAACUUGCUUGAAAUCAGUCUCCUUAUAUAAUCAAAACUCUGAGCUACUAGAGAUCAUACCAAUGGUGACAAUAGCUUUCCUCCUUAUUGAUAUUGUCGAUUACACUGAGAAAAUUGCUGCUUGUGCAUAUGAUCUAGCAAUUCUCGCACAUUUUAAGAUGGUCAAGGUAAUGGACUCCAAGGUUUUUCCGGAUAUGUCAUCCAUUAUUUAUCCACCUGAGGCUGUAAAUCAAGUUUCUGAAGUUGAUUGUCCUGAUCAGAUUGUGAUUGCAGUUACUGAAUUAACACUAAUGACUUCAAACUUAAGUCAGGUGGAGGCACAUUUUGAGGACCAUGUAUAA